AUGGCACCUCAAUAUGGCCCGUCACGACUGAACUUUAGAUCAAGUCCAAACUUCAUUAGAGGCUCUGUGGCAAUAGGCCUCUUCACUGAUCUCCUUCUUCACGGCAUUAUAGUGCCUGUACUUCCCUUCAUCUUACAUGAUCGACUUCACCUUCCUGACUCCCAGGCCCAAUUAUGGGCAUCAAAGCUACUAGCCAUAUAUGCAGCAUCUACCGUUGUAUUCUCCAUUCCGUCGGGAUGGCUUGCCGAUAGAUGCAGUACUCGUCAACUCCCAUACCUUAUUGGCCUGUUUCCAUUGAUUAUAGGAAUCGUUCUUUUCAGCCUUGGCCGAUCUAUGGCAGUUUUGAUCCUCUCAGUACUACUUCAAGGUACAUCAGCUGCAUUAGUACGUUCAGUUGGGUUCGCUAUGGCUCAAGAAAGUAUCGGAGGAGUAAAUACGGGAAAGGUCCUUGGGACGAUCAAUUCCUUCGGCAUGAUCGCACAGGUCAUAGCUCCCAUCGUCGGGGGCGCUUUAUAUAAUGCCACCGGCAUGCUUGGAGUCUUCAUAAUCUCCUCAGGAGCGUUAACAAUCGACUUGGUCCUACGGCUGCUUGUCAUGGAAACGAACAAGGAUACGAGCAAUGAAACAAAUGAAACUCCGCAAGACAACACUUCUAGAACAUACGAGCCAGAAAGCUGGGACUAUAUUACUGAAAACCGAUCUCUGCUUCCAAAGGCUAAUGACACAGCGGGUGAGCCUGACGGCGAUAUUGGACCUUUAGUGCAAGCCAUACCUGUUAUAUACUGUUGUCAUCACUCCAGGUUCGUGAUAGCCAUGGUGUCAUCAGCUACCGCGGCAAUGUUUAUUGGCAUGCUUCACGCCACCAUUCCUACUGAGGCUAGCCGUUUCCUGCAUUUCUCACCUCUUCAGGUCGGGUUCCUAUUUAUGGCAUUUGUCGCCCCUUGUUCGCUAUGUGGUUGGUUUGUGGGAUGGGCAGUUGAUAAAUAUGGGACUAAGAUAGUGGCGACUGUUGGUUUUACGUUUCUGGCAUUUCCUCUUGCUGUCCUUGGUUUACCUUUUCACGAAUUCGUGGCAGGGCACGCAAAGGCGGGACUGUUUAGCAUCAUUUUAUUACUGAACGGGAUCGGGCUGUCAAUAGUCAUCUUGCCUAGCUUCGUGGAGGCGAGCAGCGUCUUGCAGAGCUGUAAGAAGGCCAACUCUAACGUCUUUGGUGCUAAAAGCUCCUAUGCACAACUGUUUGGUUUUCACUGGGCUUUCUUCUUCCUCGGGCUUGCAGUUGGGCCAAUACUCGGACUUUCAUUAACGAAGUACGCUGGAUACACAGGCACAGGAAUUGGCUUUGCAUUUCUGUCGGGCGUUAUGGCAGUAUUGUCGUUUCUGUUUAUAGGUGUCAAGAAAGAAGCAAGAGAUGGGCGUAUGUAA